CCCAGUCCUUGUUGACUGCUCACAUUUUCCAUCGUUGAGAACAGAACAACUAAAACACUACCAAAAUGGCGGACGAUGAGGAAAAGAAAAGGAAACAGGCCGAGAUCGAGCGCAAAAGGGCUGAAGUCAGGGCUCGUAUGGAAGAAGCCUCCAAGGCAAAGAAAGCCAAGAAAGGUUUCAUGACACCUGAGAGAAAGAAGAAACUUAGGUUACUGUUGAGAAAGAAAGCCGCUGAAGAACUAAAGAAAGAACAAGAACGUAAAGCUGCUGAAAGGAGGCGUAUCAUUGAAGAAAGGUGUGGUAAACCCAAAUUGAUCGAUGAUGCCAAUGAAGGGACACUUAAGAAGAUUUGCAAAGACUAUUAUGAGCGCAUGUAUAUAUGUGAGGAGCAGAAGUGGGAUUUGGAACGUGAAGUUCGAAAACGGGACUGGGAGAUCUCGGAACUGAACAGCCAAGUAAACGACCUCAGAGGCAAAUUCGUCAAACCAACAUUGAAGAAGGUAUCCAAAUAUGAAAACAAAUUCGCCAAAUUACAAAAGAAAGCCGCCGAAUUCAACUUCCGUAACCAACUUAAAGUUGUUAAGAAGAAGGAAUUCACCUUAGAAGAAGAAGAUAAAGAGAAGAAACCUGACUGGUCAAAGAAAGGCGAUGAAAAGAAGGAGGCUGAAGCAUGUAAAGUUUUGUGGUCCAAAGUUGUUUCUUUAUACAAUAUCAUUAAAAAUGUGGAAAUCUCAAAAGCACCUCCACCUGAACCUGCACCUCCAGCGGAAGGUCAACCCCCAACAGAAGGUGAAACACCUGCAGAAGGAGCACCUCCAGCAGAAGGAGCACCUCCAGUAGAGGGCCAACCCGCAGGAGACCAACCUCCAGUAGAAGGAGGUCAACCUCCUACAGAGGGAGCACCUCCAGCAGAAGGACAACCACCAGCAGAAGGUGAACCACAAAAAGAGAAAACGCCUGAACCUCCUCCAGAAACAGGAUUCGAAACAUUCAAGAAACUAGUAAUAAAUGAAAAUUACGACAUUAUAACAUUACCAGAAAAUAUACUAGCACCCACAGAUGACAAAGAGGCAGUCUCCAUCCCAAAUUAUUCACUUGUGGAGAAUCGUAGGGGAAGCGGGGAUGGGGUUAUUAUGUACGUCAAAGAUUCCCUAAAAUAUAAGGUCGUUGAUUUAACUACUGGUGGUUCUGAAACUGAACACGUAAGUUUCGAAGAUUUAUUGGAGAAAUUAAAGAAGAAUGGUCAUGCGGCGGAAGCUGCCGCACUAGCAGCAGCAGCAGAAGGUGCACCUGCUGAAGGGGCUGAAGGUGUUGCGCCCGCUGAAGGUGCUGCACCUGCUGAAGGAGCAGCACCUGCAGAGGGUGUUCCCGUACCUGAAGGAACUCCAGCACCAGUGGCACCAGCAGAAGGUGCACCACCAGCAGAAGGAGCUGCCCCAGCUGAAGGAACCGCGCCUGUGGAAGUAACACCUGUUCCAACUGAAGCAGCAGCAUCACCUGCAGAAGGUGUCACAGCCACAGAUGAAGCAGCACCUGCAACAGAAGCAGUAUCAGUUGCAGAAGCGGCACCUGCGGAAGAAGCACCUGCACCAACACCUGCAGAAGAUCCAGCGGAAUCCGAGUCUCUCGCUCCGGAAGCGUCGUCCGCUAUUUCGUCGCCACCUAUUAUAGAAGGUGAAGAUUCUGAUGAUGAAGAUGUUUGUUUUGUGUCUUCUUAUCAUCGUACUGUGUAUCGCUCAUCUCAUUAUUCAUCCAUUGUGUCUAACAUAGGUUGA